AUGGUGAUGUCCCAGGGCACGUACACCUUCCUGGCCUGUUUCGCUGGGUUCUGGUUGGUGUGGGCUCUCAUCGUCAUGCUGUGCUGCUUCUGUAGCUUUGUCCAGCGUCGUCUGAAGAGGAGGAGGGAGGAGAGGCUGAGGGAGCAGUGUCUAAGGGCCCUGGAGAUGGAGUCACUGGAGUGCCUGGGCACAGCGGGGUUGGCUGGGUACCCUCCAUCCAGAGAGCCCCUCCAGCUGACCCUCUCCCCACCGCUGCACAUUCCCCGAUCCCUCCCCGAGGGCAGCUGGGCGUCCCCACAAGAGACGGACGUGUUUGGGAAGCCCCCCUGCUACGAGGAGGCUGUUCUGAUGGAGGACCCCCCUCCCCCCUACUGUGAGGUGCUAGCUGACAGCCGGGGGGGCACCUACACCAAGCCCACCCCCCAGACCUCCAGGCUGGAGCAGCAGGAGCCUGAGACCUCCAAGACUCCCCCUGUCACAGUGUUCUCUGAGCGGGGCUACUCCUCCUUGAUCCGCCUGCCCACCGCCCGACGCUGGGACUCCCUGGGUCACCUGCUCUCCACAAUGGACCUCAACCACAACACCCUCCCCACGGAGCCCCUCUCUCUGCAGGCCCAGGCUACCGUCACCAUACCCCGCGAAGGCCGGACUCACACACACCCAGAGCUGGGGCUGAGAAGUAUCCAUGGGCUCAGGGGGCUAGAGCAGAGCUGUGGCUUUCCCACAGCCUUCCCUCUGCUGGGUCGCAGCACAGCCGUGUAG